AAUUCCAAUUAAAAUUAAAUGAAGAAAAAAUACAAAUAUAAAUGUCGUUGUUUUCACUGUAUGGAAAGGGAAUCUCGAAAACCAGCAUACAGCCUUGAAGACUAAGGAUAAGGGCUUGUCUGUCCACAAUCCACACACCGAUUGAGUUUGAUUCACACAAAACAAAAUCCAACCACUUGUAUCUCUCUUAACCCCAACCAAUUAACCCAAUCUCUCCCCCACUCCCCCUCUCCUCCACUGGCUUAGGGAGAGAGAGAGAGAAAGAUGGCAGCGGCGGCAGGGGUUGGAGUUGGUGGAGGUGAUGUUUGGAGGGCACAUGCGGCCAUGGCAGCGGUUCAGCUCUUCAACGGAGGGUAUCAUGUAAUUACCAAAGUAGCCCUCAAUGUUGGCGUCAACCAGCUUGUAUUCUGCGUAUACCGGGACCUCCUUGCACUCGCCAUCCUCGCUCCCAUCGCCUAUGUCCGUGAAAAAAGGAUACGACAACCAAUGAAUAGACGCAUCUUCAUGUCCUUCUUCUUUCUUGGGUUAACUGGGAUCUUUGGCAACCAGCUUUUGUUUCUUAUUGGUCUUGGCUACACAAAUCCAACAUAUGCUGCUGCCAUACAGCCUGCUAUCCCAGUUUUCACGUUUAUCCUCGCUGUUUUAAUGGGUACAGAAAGAGUUAACUUGCUUAGAACUGAAGGGCAGGCCAAGGUUGGUGGUACACUUUUAUGUGUUUCUGGGGCCAUAUUAAUGGUCUUAUUUCGUGGACCUCCUUUGAUUGGAUAUACAGAACCAGACUUUGCAGCACAUAGCGAAAUAAGUGCCAAAGGUCAACCAGAGCCAGCUGGAUGGUUGAUGUCCAGUUUUCUAGAGUUUGGGCUAGAUCACUUUCAUCUUGGAGUUUUAUGCUUAUUAGGGAACUGUAUGUGCAUGGCCGCUUUUUUAGCCAUUCAGGCUCCACUUUUGAAAAGAUAUACUGCCAACCUGUCAGUUACAGCAUAUUCAUACUUCUUCGGUGCGCUAUUGAUGGUGGUUACUGCAUUAUUUAUGACAAACGAGUCAACAGACUGGAGCUUGACACACUCGGAGCUUUUUGCAGUUAUUUACGCUGGAACUGUUGCAUCUGCCCUUAAUUAUGGACUGCUGACGUGGAGCAAUAAGAUUUUGGGGCCUGCUAUGGUUGCUCUUUACAAUCCACUUCAACCUGCAGCUUCGGCGUUUUUGUCAAGAAUUUUCCUUGGAAGCCCUAUUUAUUUGGGAAGUGUCUUAGGAGGAAUACUAAUUAUUGCUGGUCUGUAUGUGGUAACUUGGGCGUCUUUGAGAGAAAGACAAGCAGCUUUGGAUGCUGUUAUACCUCACGUUGCUCGGAGCUCGGAACCUCUCAUCCAGAAAGAUGCAACGCUUAACAAGAUACCAUUCCAGAGAGGACUCAUUUUCUCAGUGCCUUCCAGUUCAAUACCAAAGUCGUCAGAUUAAGAAAACAUGUGAUGGGUAUUGACCAAAAAAAAAAAAAAAACGUUUCCAGUUCAAUACCAAAGUCGUCAGAUUAAGAAAACAUGUGAUGGGUAUUGUCCAAAAAGAAAACGUGUGAUGGGUUGUGAUGGGAAUUUGGAGAGUAAACCAAUUGAGGAGAAUUGCUCAAAUAUCCAUGUUUCUUUUAUUUGUGGUCCGAAUUUUUUUUCCCUUAUGAAUGCGUAUGAUUUAGCCGUGUUCUUUUA